AUGGCCUCCCAACACCGCGCCAUCACCCUCACAAUAACAAGACCCGACACCACCUACACCACCACAAUCACCCUGGCCCGUCCCGCCUCGCCCCCCAGUCCACCUGAUGUCGACGACCGCACAUCAUUAUCCUCUUCCAGCCACGCCAACGCGCCCAGUAGCGACGCUGCCACCAUCGGCCUCGCAACCGGUCUGUCCAUUGCUGUGCUUGUCCUAAUCGCCCGCGCGGCCGGCGGGGAGCCAGGGGCCGUGCUGGGCACGAUGGUGUGGCGGGACCGCCAGGGCCGCCGGGGCAGGAAGGCUUGCGAGGCGCCAUGGGGCCGGAGGGAGUGGCGGGGCGGGAGGGGCGGGAAGGACGCGAGGGACGCGCUGGGCGUGAUGGGCGCGAUGGGCGCGAUGGACGGGACGGACGGGAUGGCGUUGUCGGGCCUCGCGGUGAACGAGGGGACCUGGGUGAGCAAGGGGUUCGUGGCGAGCGGGGCCUUCGUGGCGAUGAGGGCCCUCGUGGGUUGCAAGGACUUCGUGGUGAACGGGGAGUUGGUGGUGAACGAGGUCAUCGUGGUGAGCAAGGUCUCCCUAGUGAGCGGGGCCCUCCCGGUGAACAGGGUCCUCGUGGUCUCCAAGGUCCUUGUGGCGAGCAAGGGCCUCAAGGCCUCGAGGUGA